AUGUCAACCCCUCAAUCCCGUGCCAAAUCCCUAACACUCCUCAACCUCUCAUCCAUCUUCGGUCAGAAAGACGUUUCUACACGUAUGCAAGCCAUCACCGAUCUCUGGGUACCAAGCGCAGAUGUGCUCUUUGUAGACGCGCUAGGUGUUUUUAAAUCACACGAGGCCAUUAGUGAAAUGGUGAACAAGAUACAAAGUAUGGGUGAAGUAGGCGAUGAGUUUGUUGCUCUAGAUGAAGUCGAGUGCUUGAAACAUGACGAUGAAGAUGAUGUAUGGGUGACGAAGGUGAAAUGGGGUAUCAAGAGACCUGGCAGUGGGGAGAUGGGGCUGGUGGGUGAAGAUAUCCUGACUAUCAUAGGUGGAAAGAUCAAGACUUGUUAUACGUUUUUGGAUUCGAAGUAG